AUGAAUAGAAAUAUUGAUAUUAAUAUAUUAUUAAUUAAUAAUAUAUUUAGAUCAUUGUAUCUUAGGAAUAGGAUAUUUAAAGAGAUUGGUGUCGUUUCGGAUAUUGAAAGAGCCAGUUUAGAAGAUACACCCAACAAUGUAGAUAACUACUAUAUGCAAACUAAAAAGUUACUAUUUACCAAAGGCAAAGAGAUCAUACAACAUGCUACAAGUGAACGUUGGCAUUCAAGACAACUUGACCUGGUAUCUAAAUUCGCUCUACCUUGGCAUUUUGUCAAACACUAUCUACCACCAAAAGAUACAAUAGAUGAUAGCAAAAGAUCGAUUGCAAUCAAUCUCUAUUGUUCACAUCCAAAUGCAACUCUUCAAACUCUUGAAAUGUUGAUCGACAAGUGGUCACCAGAUUUUGAACCAAAUAGUCAUGUGUUGGAUGAUGUGUCAGAGGCUGGUCAUCUAGAUAUUCUACAAUACCUUCACAAUCGUUAUCGUGAUACCAUCGUUGCAUCUACCAAUGCUAUGUGUCUAGCUUCUCAAAAAGGUUACCUAAACAUAGUACAAUGGUUGCAUGCCAAUAGACUAGAGGGUACAACCAAGCGUGCAGUCGUAGAAGCUUCAUUAAAUGGUCAUUUGUCAAUUUUAAAAUGGCUCAUUGAAAUAAGAAAAGAGAAUAACUAUUCUCAUAAUAAUGCUCUUUUCAAUGCUGCGAGAUAUGGUCAUCUUGAUGUUGUAAAGUAUUUACAUGGAAUUGGUUUAACAGGUAUAACUACAUCUCCAAUGGAUUAUGCAUGUGAAAAUAAUCAUUUGGAUAUUGUUAAAUUUCUAAGAGAGAAUAGAACAGAAGGAUGUUCAGAUCUUUCAAUUGAUUGGGCUGCAGAGAAUGGGCAUGCAGAGAUGGUGGAAUAUUUAUUGACCAAUAAAUUGGUUGAAAGAUUUUCAAAGGAAUCUUGUCUAAUUGCAGCAACAAGAGGUCACUACAAAGUAAUUCAACUAUUACAUCAAUAUCAAUCCACUUGUAAUUUAGUAGAUUUCAAUCCAUUUACACCAAAGGUAUUGGAUAAGGCCGCUAAAAAUGGUCACCUCAAUAUUGUUCAAUACCUCAUUGAACAUCGUAAAGAAGGAGGAACAUCAAAAGCAAUUGACAGUUCAAGUAAAGCUGGUCAUUACGAAAUUGUUAAAUAUCUAAUUGAUAAAUCAUUUCCUUGUACUUUUAAAGCUUCUCGUAUGGCAAGUUUUAAUGGACAUUUAUCAAUUAUUGAAUUAUUACAUGAGAAUGGGAAACCAUUUACAAAAGAAGCAAUGGAUUCAGCAGCAUCUAAAGGUAGAUUGGAUAUAUUAUUAUUUCUUCAUAAUAAUAGAACUGAAGGUUGUUCAAAAGAUGCAUUGGAUAAAUCUAGUAAAAAUGGUCAUUUUGAUAUUGUAAAGUUUUUACAUUUUAAUAGAACAGAAGGAUGUUUAAAUGCAAUUAAAGAAGCAUCAAAAGGAAAUCAUUUAGAGAUUGUUAGAUUUUUAAAUGAAAAUAGAACAGAAGUUUGUUGUGCAGAUACAGUGACUACAUGUGCUAGAAUGGGACACUUUGAUGUUUUGAAAUAUCUCAUUGAUAAUAGAAGUGAAGGAUGUUCAAUUAAUACAAUUGAUCAAGUUGCAUCGAUGGGACAUUUAAAUAUUAUAAAGUAUUUACACAAUCACGUUAAAGAUAGACCAAUGGCCACUAAACGUGCGAUGGAUAUGGCUGCCAACGGCGGGUACUUGAAUAUAAUUAAAUUUUUACAUUCCAAUCGAAGUGAAGGAUGCACAACAGAUGCUAUGGAUCGAGCAGCUGAAAAUGGAUACUUGGACAUUUGUAAUGUUAGGUGUCCUGGAGCAGAGGCAUUGACAAAUGCGGCUAGGUAUGGUCAUAAAAGUGUUGUACAGUUUUUGGUAAAAUCCUAUCCAGACCUAGGAAAAUUUAUACCCAUUGCCAUGAGUGCCACUCUCUCCGAUGGUAAUCUUUCAUUGGCACUUUAUUUAGCUUCAAUCAAUCCAAAAAAAACUAGAUUCAAUUCAUUUGGUAACAAAUCAACAAUCAACUUGGAUACUGUCUAUAGAGAAUUAGAGAAUGGUAAUUCAUCAGCUUACAACUACUUAUUAUCAAUCAAACAUCCAGGUAUUUUAAAAUUAAUUGAAUCUAAACAAAAAUUAAAAUUAAAAAAUAAAUAA